UUCAAUUUGAAUUGAAUUUUACUGCUGUGAAACGGUCGUCCAGACAGGCGUCCCGCCUAAAUUUGAGCUCAGAGAACUGUGAUGAGGUCUGUAAGUCUGAGCGUGGAAUGAGCUCAGCGGAUGUUAAAGCCUGAGAGGAGCCUCCAUCAGCUGCUCCUCCACUGAGACGAGCUCUUGAGCUUCUCAAAGGCAUCAAAAGUGAACUCCAUAUUUAAAGGGUAGGGGGGAUUUGGGAAUGGACUGUCCCACAGAGCUCUGCAUGUAGGAAUGGCCUCUUCAGGAUUUAGAUGUUGCUUCUGUUGGAAUGCUGAGUCUAGGAUUUCCCUUCCAGCUGAGUGACCUGCUGGUUCCAAAGGGCUCCAGCCUUCCUGUGCACACCUGUUGACACUCGGCUCAGGUUUACCUGCUGCUGUGGAGGUGCAGGAGCUGUCAGUGCUGUAUUUAUAGCACUGCUUCUUAGUGUCUUUCCUCGCCGUCAGUGGAUUAAGCUCAGCUGAUGUAAGCCCUCAUCCCUGGAGUUCACUGGACCUGCAGAGGAACGACAAUGCUGUUAGACUUUCUGCUGCUGCAGGUUAAGAGGCAAAGGCCAGUUUGGGAUUCCUGGCUGGAUCUGUUGAUCUGAAUAAACCGAGACGGGAGCACAGGAAGGAAGGACAAAGCUCCAUGGCAUGAGGCUGCUGAAAGGCGCUGAGGCCGGAUGUGUGAGGAGCAUCAUGGGAGCAGUGCUAAGCUCAGUCGCUGCCCACAUUUGGGCUUUUCUGGUGUUCUACGCCGACGUCUUAAAGCUCUGGAGCCUGCAGGAAAGUCUUGAAGAAGGCCCUCACCUCUCUGACCAGUUAGGCUCAGAAAAGACAGAUUUUGAAGCUAACUGUCUGGACUGUAAUGAGAGACACCUGGACAGGUACAGUGAGCCCUGCUCGGGGGGCAGGGACCCCUUCUCAGAUCUUGUGGUUGCCUUAGGACUGGAAGGUACCUGCACUGACUGGACUCCAGCUCGGGGUUCAGUACCAGCUGAGGACGGCCCAGACAGUGCAACGGAUGCUGGACAGAUGAAUGACAAGGAUAGGAAGAGUCCAGAAAACCAGGUGGAGCUUGAGAUGUUUUUCAAUCCAAGGAGCAGCGGUUUGUCCCCAGCAGAGAGCAGGCCACAGAAGCAGAAGACGGGCUGGCGUUGUGAGCAGUCACACGUAUGCUCUGCUUUUCCAGAAACCUCUUUCAAAAACAUGGAGACAGGUGGACACAGGACAGACAACAGGGCUGCAGACCCUGGAGAAGUGAGGCAGUGGGUGCAGCCUGCAGACGGCUGCUCCCCUGUACCUGAACCGGCCGUCCGCACCGUGGCGGCAACGCAACAACAAGACACAAACACAGACAGCAGACGUCACAGAGGAAAUGUUCCAGCAGAGGGACACACAGGUUUAGUCACUGAACGCAGAGAAACUCCAGCUGUGGGAGGACAACAGCGCCCCUGUGAGACGGACCUAACAAGGACAGACGAUGCUUUACAGUCACAGCAAAAACCAACGACCUGCUUCACACUGGAUCUGUGGAUGUGUGGCAAUGAAAGCAGGUCAGCACUCCGUGUUGGUGCUGAAUCUAUGCAGAACAGCCCUAUUGAUCGCUCAGGCAUGAACUCCAUGGCCCGUCUGCAUCAGCAUAAUGAUGUGCUACAAGCUGCCCCCAAACUCUGCUGUGGCCCAGUUUCUUCUGUGUCACUGUCAGAAUCUAACCGAAAGGUAGAGGACUUCAGGAAAGAGGGCGAGUUCUCAAAAAGAACCCGGAGCGGAGCUGCUGAAGAUGCACUGAGACGGACAGAACCGUGGGAGGUGGGCCUGUUUUCUGUUGAACCCUUGACAUUCUGCAGAAGUGCAGACUUGGUGUCUGAGAGAAGAGAAGAUCCUCAUAGCCGUGCAUGUCCAAGUGCAGAAAAGGUAGAAGGGUUAGGUUCACAGGUGAGAGCUGAAGACCACGUCAGUCCAGACUGCUGGGUUUCAGAGGGAGUGGAGGGCAGCAGGCUCUGCAGGAAUGGGGACAUGACGAAGGAGAAGUGCCUUCAACCAGGUAGCUCUUUACAACCAGGGCAUCUUAUAGUUAAGCACACAGAGAACACACAAAGAGAAGCCAUAGAUGGAAGCUGUGUGUGUCCCGUGGCCCUGCAGGAAGCUCUGUGUUCAGUCAGAAGCUGCCCAGCCACGGAGGAUUCUCUCACAGAGCAGAAGGUGAGCCCCGUCUGCAGCACCAGCAAGCAAAAGCCCUUCAUUCCCACACAGUUUAAAGGAAAAGUUAUUAAUGGCAGUUGUAAAAAUAAUGCCAAUCAUGCAAUUUCCUCUACUAUAACAAGCAACUUUCACCGGUUAACAGGACAUGGCAAUCUAGAGGAAAUCAGACGGACAGAAGACCAAGACUCCAAAUUCUCUGUGUUUGGCCAAACAAACUCUCUGAGAAGAAUGGAGGGCUUGAAAGCUGCCAAAGGUGAGGAGGUAGCUCCGCCUUCUUUAGGUGUUUGGACUGAGCUCUGGCUUUUUGAGCGGGGCCCACAGAAGAGCUACCUGGACUGUGAAGCCUUUGCCAAAAACGUUGGACUUCUGUGGAGGCCCAGUGAGACACAGAGCCCUCCUACAGUCCAUGCACGAGCAAACCCAGGGAGAAGCUGUGAGGAGGAAGGAGGAGCAAGGACAGAAAAGCUCUUCCUGAAAUAUGUGCAGGUUGCUUAUGGACAGAAAAAGGACGAGCACAGUUUGGACCUGUUUGAGUCUCCAUCACUGGAUACGAAGGAUGAGCAGCCGUCUUUCAGCACUGACUCCUGGAUAACCAAACAGCUUUGGAAGAUGAACAAACAAGCAGCAAAUGUGCAGAAGCUGAAAACGGCCUUUUUCAUUCCAGAGCAGGACUGUGCGGAUUUAGGAGCAUCUCUCCUCUUAGACAGAAUCACCAUCCUAGCAUCAUUAUCAUCCCCCAGAAGCCUUUGCAGGGAUCCCAUCCCAGAGUGGGACGUUACCCAAUGGAUGGGAGAUGAAACUCCUAAAGGAUGUAGAGCUAAUGCUCAGAGGAGGACGAGUCCUGCAGCACAGUGUCUGUCCGGCCUUCCUCUAGUGUUAGAUGAGCCCUUGGUUCCAACAUCCAGCCACAUAAAGUCUGACUUAUCUUUGAGCCCCUGCUCAUCAGUUACUCCAUCACAGUCCAGAACCCCCACACUGGCCGAGGAAAGGCUGCGUGGACGUCCCUUUGGCCUCUUAGGUCCAAAUCCUAACUGUUGUCAACCAGCAGCUCACUGUCCUCUCUCAACCAGAGCCAGUCCUCUUUCUUCUGCUCAUCAUGGUGCCUUGCUUCAUGGAGAAGAACCGACACACUCAUCCAAGAAGACUAAAGAAAUGAAGCCAAACCCUCGGCCUCUGCAACCCAGGUUCGGCCUUCUGGAUGCAGCUCAGAGGAAGACGCACAAUCACUCGUGCACCAGCCUCCACGGCUCUGGUUUCAUCAGAGAACGAGAGGCUGGUACUGAAGACACAGUGCAGCCGCUGGAUUCCUUUGGGGGGGCGGGCCUCAGGCCGCACUGCUUCUCUCGGAGCAUUCCAGUAGGUCUGAACGGCCUGGGCUGGACACGGCAAACCUCCUGCUCCUGUAAGUGCUCACUCGGGUUGGUUCUCAGCGUUGCACGUGCUGCAGACCGACGCUGAGUCCAGUUAAAGCGAGAAUGUAAAAAAUUAUUGGAAGGGUAAAUAUCAUUUAACGGGAAUGCUCCAAAAAUAGCACUGCUCAUAUAGCAAAUCAAUACAUUGUGGCGAUUUGGGGGUUAGCGACCCGCCUUCAGCUUUUAAGACUCAUGGGAAGUGGGGAAUCUUAGUUGUGUUAAAUCGCUCACCAUAAGUGAGGGAGCUGUGAGCAGAAGUGAGGUCAUUUUUCCAUAUACAUUUAUUUUCACGGAUGUUUAGUUUGUGAUAGUAACGUACAAAUAAAGACAGCAAGUGAUGCAGGCUGGAAAACAGCUGCACUUUUUCAGACCAUGAAUAAACAA